AUGGGAUACAACUGCUUAUCCGUUAAAAGAGUUUUUCAUCCAGGAGUUCUCAUAGAAAUACGGAUUCUGAGAGAAAGUGACAGAUCCAAAUCAGUAUUCAAGAUGUUACUGCUUCACGUGUUCAUAUUUCUGUCGGUGUGUAUCGGUAUCAGUAGCGCACUCUUGGGGCAUCAUCGCCAUACAACGCACCACACGACCGUCGUAACUAACCCAACGGGAGCUUCGGCACGACCGACAACUCCAGCACCAACACGAUCGACAACUGCCCAAGCAAAACAUGCGUGUAUUUGCAAUACGAACCAUCCUCAAUUAGACAUUUUUCAAUGCCCUGACACUAAAAGUCAGAUUAUUGGGUUCCUGUAUCUACAGGAUUCUCCCUACUCAACGGAUUUAAGUACUAGCCAUUGCAAAGAGUUAGCGUCAUUUGUUGUGUCGCAUGAUGGCUGGUUUCCAGUAAUUCACUUUGGCCAGGUCGGCUACGUAAGAAGAGAUGCCGGGACGAGCGUGGAAAAGUGUCCAGGACCCAUGACUUCUGCUAAAGGUUUUCAGGCGAAACCAUGCCAGUUGUUCUUUUUUCUAUCAAGCAGCACAGUACCGAGCAGCAAUUCAACUCAUGCUAUGCCAUCAACUACUCCUAAACUACUGACUACAACGACAACUGCUAAAAGGCAUACUAGUGUUUCUACCACUAUGAAAGGGCCAGUUAUGUCAACUUCCACGACCAAAGGACCAGCAAUGUCAUCUAGUACUACUGCUAGACAUACUACUAUUUCUACCAGUACUAAAAGACCAGCUAUGUCAACUUCAUCGACAGGAGUGGACCGCGUUUGCAAUAGCCUUGAAACUAUCCUGGAACUUGGGAAACACGAACCAGUUUAUCACGGGCAUGCGCGACAAUGCCCAGGGGGCGACUCUAAGAACGAAGCUGUUGUAAUGAAAUUCUGUUAUGCCCCAGAUUCUUCAACAUGGAUCCAAGGAAGACGGGUACUGGAUCAUUGUUCCGACAUUCCACCCUACACACCUGUUAAUAUGUAUGGAUUUGGCUCAAACAUGCUAAUAUCUGGGAUAUUUAUUAAAUGUACCAAUGCCACAUCAUUUUCGAUUAUUCAUCAAAAGGAUUGUUCUGGCGGACUCCACCUAGAAACCGUUAACGUGUUGACAGGCUCUGGGAUGUUUUAUGUCAUCCACUGGUGAUGAAAUU